UCGUCUCGAUCAGUUGUCAAACGGGCUAUAAAGUUACAGCGAUUGUAAAUGUUUUUAACGGAAUUAAAGUUUAACAUGUGUUAAAUAAUACUUAUUCAAAGUGAAUCCCAUAAUGCCGCCGACGGUUCAGACCAACGAGCCGGAACGGGACAAACGCCCGCAAAGAACUGGCGAAAGGAGGUCGGAGCUUGUGACCCGCGUUAAAUACUGUAAUACGCUGCCAGACAUACCAUUUGACUUAAAGUUUAUCACUUAUCCGUUCCCGUCGACUCGUUUCAUACAGUACAAUCCCACCUCAUUGGAAAAGAAUUACCGGUAUGAAGUCCUUACGGAGCAUGAUUUGGGAGUCCACAUAGAUUUGAUAAACCGGGACAUUUACCAAGGCGAUGGGAACGCAGUUCUGGACCCAGCGGAUGAGAAAUUGUUAGAAGACGAUGUUCUGACGCCUCAGGACUCUAAAAGGUCGCGUCAUCAUGCAAAGAAUGUGUCGUGGCUUCGUCGCUCGGAGUACAUCUCCACUGAGCAGACCAGGUUCCAGCCUCAGUCUAUGGAAAAGGUUGAAGCUAAAGUCGGUUACAAUGUCAAGAAGAUAUUCAGCGAAGAGACACUCUACAUGGACCGUGAGAGCCAGAUCAAGGCCAUUGAAAAGACAUUUGAAGAUAACAAGAUGCCGAUUGAGAAGCACUACAGCAAGCCAGGAGUUGUGCCCGUGGAGAUUAUGCCGGUGUUCCCAGACUUUGAGAUGUGGAAGUAUCCGUGUGCGCAGGUCAUAUUUGACACGGAUCCUGCACCGGCUGAUAAGAAUGUUGCUGGACAAAUUGAAGCUAUGUCACAGGCUAUGAUUCGAGGUGUGAUGGACGAAAGCGGAGAACAAUUCGUAGCCUACUGCCUACCCACUGAAGACACGAUCUUGAAGCGUCGCAGAGAUAUCACCGAAAACGUCCCGUACCUGGACGGGGAUACCUAUGAGUACAAGAUGGCUAGGGAAUAUAACUGGAACGUUAAGAGCAAGGCUUCUAAGGGUUAUGAGGAAAAUUAUUUCUUGGUUGUGAGAAACCACGCUGUGUACUACAACGAGUUAGAAACCCGCGUGCGCCUGUCAAAGCGCCGCGCUCGCGCCGGUGCCGCCGCGCAAGCGUUAACCAGACUCGUGGUAACGCACCGGCCGCUCGGCGCGAACGAACAUCGUAUAUUGAGGCUCAGAGAAAAACAACUAGAACCAGUUCAGGAAGAGGAUGACGAAGAAGAGGAAGAUGACGAGGAGGAAGAGGAAAAACAGAAUGGAGAAAAAGAAAGAUCUCGGUCACGUUCCAAAUCGGGGUCAAAAUCCCCAGCGGGCUCAGAGCGGUCCCGCUCCGGCUCGCGGUCCAAAUCUCGCUCCAAGUCGAGAUCCAAGUCCAGGUCCAAGUCGAGGUCCAAGUCCAGGUCCAAGUCGAGAUCCAAGUCCAGGUCCAAAUCGCGGUCAAGGUCACGCUCGGGAUCAGCGGCGUCGCGGAAGUCAAGGUCGAGGUCGGGCUCUGCCCGGUCAGGGUCUGCGAGGUCAGGAUCCGGCCGCUCCCGUUCCCGUUCGGGAUCCCGGGCGUCGUCUCGUGCUAGCUCGAGAGGAUCCCGUGCCAGCUCUAAGGGCAGUGGAAAGGGCUCUAAAGCCAGUUCCAAAGCGAGUUCCCGCGCAUCGUCCCGCGCCAGCAAGCACUCCAGUCGCGCGUCCUCUCGGGCCUCACGCGCCUCUUCUAAAGGCUCAAGAGCCUCGUCUAAAGGCUCGAGAGCCUCUUCCAAAGGCUCGAGAGCCUCUUCCAAAGGCUCGAGAGCGAGCUCGAAGAAGUCGGGCUCGGGGAGUGGAUCUGAAAGGAGUCGGAGCCGCUCUGGUAGCGGGUCGAAACGGGGCUCUCGAAGUGGAUCAGCGUCUAGCGCCUCAUCUAAACAUAGCGGCUCCGACUAGUGAAUAUAGACUUAUUAUGUGUAUUGUAGUUUAUAAGGUAUUCGUUCGAAUUAAAGUCAUUGACUGAUU